AUGUCAUAUCAGCCAAAAACGCACUACGAUGCAGUGGACAAGAUUUGGAGCAGUGAAAAGGAGAAGUCGCAAUUCGGCGAGGAUCUGUCCAUAGGGGAAAUAAUCUUUCAGGAAAUGGUCCGCCAUCCCAAGAGUGUAGCGCAGGUAUCAGACUCGGAGAAAACGAUCCUUUUACGGGAGGAUCUGUUGAACAAUGCUAUUCGCAUCGCCACUUAUAUGCGCAACUUGGAUUUGACUCAGAGAGACAUCGUGGGGAUUAUUGCUCGGAACACCACCCACAUUUCGGCCGUCGCCUACGCCUGCUUCUUCAACGGAAUCGCCCUGCACUCGCUCAACCCUUCCUAUUUACCCGAAAUUAUUGAGAAGUUGUUCCAGAACACCAAGCCACGUAUUGUUUUCUGCGAUGGUGAUGAGUACGAAAAAGUUCGGGCAGCUACCGCCAAGUUGGAUGUGAAGAUUGUCACAAUGCGAAAUCAUCCAAAAGACGCUAUUAGUAUCCAGGAAGUUUUAAAAACGCCGGCGGAAGAAGGAUUCAAGCCUAUCUCUUUGAAAUCCACUCAUCAAUUGGCCAUAAUCAGCAGUUCUGGCACCACCGGCACUCCAAAGGCAAUCAUUGUGCCAAAUUGCCGAACCAUUCUAAGCACCUUUACCAAUCUAACCACAUUGGAUGUUCAGUACUCAGCCAGUACUCUGGACUGGAUUUCGUGUUUGUGGACAAUAGUUUCCUCUGGAGUCUAUAGCACAAAGCGCAUUAUAUCUGAACUGCCCUUUGAUCCGGCAGAGACUCUACGCAUUAUCGAGGAAAACCAGGUUUCUUGGGUUCUUCAGUCUCCUGGGCAAGUGGCAGCAAUCAUUAAUUGUCCGGACUUUGAGAACGCCAGCCUGCAGAGCAUUCGAUAUUAUAAUUUCGGAGGUGGACGAUGUUCAAUGGAAGUGCAAAAUAGACUUCGGCAAAAAUUGGGCAGAGACUUUGUUAACUUUGCCUAUGGCUUAUCGGAAACAGGAUCCCUUUGCUGCGUCAAUGUGCACUUCGAUGCGAAGCCCAAUUCGGUGGGUCGUCCGAGUCCUGGCUACAAGCUGAAGAUUAUCGACGACCAAGGCGAUAAAUUGGGACCCAACAAGGAGGGCGAGGUCUGCAUAAACAAGGGAAGCUUUUGGCCCGGAUACUAUGGAAACCCGGAGGCCACGAAAGAAAUCUACAAGGACAACUGGCUUCACAGCGGAGACCUUGGAUACGUGGAUAACGAUGGGUUCUUGUACGUAGUGGAGCGAAAAAAGGACUUGCUCAAGUACCAAAGCAACUACUACUAUCCGCACGAGUUGGAGGAACUGAUUUCCCGAAUGCCAGGCGUGGCUGAGGUCUGUGCCUUUGGCAUUUGGGGCGUGGAAAAUGGUGACGAAGCAGCGGCAACGGUCGUCAGGAAGCCAAAUGACCUGAUCAGCGAAAAGGACGUGGAGGACUAUGUGGCUCAGAAUGCUGGGACUGAGUUUUUAAGACUGCACGCCGGAUGUUUAAUUGUUGACGACCUGAGGAGAAGUCCCAAUGGCAAAACAAACCGUGCUGCCAACAAGGAAUACUUUCUUCAAGCAAAGGGUAUCCAGAUAAUUACAUAGAACUGAAGCACAAAUACUUAAACAAGCAAUAAAACAAUAAAUUAAAAGCA